AUGCAAAUCUUCGUCAAAACUUUGACUGGUAAAACAAUCACAUUAGAAGUUGAACCAUCGGACACAAUUGAAAAUGUUAAAGCUAAAAUACAAGACAAAGAGGGCAUUCCUCCAGAUCAACAACGUUUAAUCUUCGCUGGUAAACAGUUAGAGGAUGGUCGAACAUUAUCCGAUUACAACAUUCAAAAGGAAUCAACACUUCAUUUGGUUUUACGUCUUCGUGGUGGUAUGCAAAUCUUCGUCAAAACUUUAACUGGUAAAACGAUUACAUUAGAAGUUGAACCAUCGGAUACAAUUGAAAAUGUUAAAGCUAAAAUACAAGACAAAGAGGGCAUUCCUCCAGAUCAACAACGUUUAAUCUUCGCUGGUAAACAGUUAGAGGAUGGUCGAACAUUAUCCGAUUACAAUAUCCAAAAAGAAUCAACACUUCAUUUGGUUUUACGUCUUCGUGGUGGUAUGCAAAUCUUCGUCAAAACUUUAACUGGUAAAACAAUCACAUUAGAAGUUGAACCGUCGGAUACAAUUGAAAAUGUUAAAGCUAAAAUACAAGACAAAGAAGGCAUUCCUCCAGACCAACAACGUUUAAUUUUCGCUGGUAAACAAUUGGAAGAUGGUCGAACAUUAUCCGAUUAUAACAUUCAAAAAGAAUCCACACUCCAUUUGGUAUUGCGAUUACGUGGUGGACAAUAA